GGUGCCUGGUGCUCCGUGUCCCCGCUGCCUCUCUUUAAAUCAGAUUAACAGAGACGGCCGAGCAGAGCGGCUCCAUGUGUGAACGGCCACGUAAGCUCAUCAGAGGUGCCGUCUCACUGACCGGACUCUACCUGGUGUAUGGAUAUGGAGCCUCGCUGCUCUGCAACCUGAUUGGAUUUGUCUAUCCAGCCUAUUACUCAAUCAAAGCCAUCGAAAGUACGAGUAAAGAAGACGACACAAAAUGGCUGACGUACUGGGUGGUGUACGGCGUCUUCAGCAUAGGCGAGUUCUUCUCAGACAUCUUCCUCUACUGGUUCCCGUUCUACUACGCCUUCAAGUGUCUCUUCCUGUUGUGGUGCAUGGCUCCGAUGUCGUGGAACGGCUCCCAGAUCAUCUACAACAGAGUGGUCCGGCCCAUCUUCCUUCGUCACGAGGCCAUGGUGGACAACUUAGUGAACGACCUCGGAGGGAAGGCGAUGAGCGCCGCCGAGAACCUGACCAGAGAGGUUCUGACCACUCUGGUGAAGAAUAAAGCUCUGGUGAGUCCGUCAGCGCCGACCGUCUCCGAGCAGAAGAGUUUACCGAGUACAUCGUCGGCUAAAGUCACGCCGUUAGAGUCAGAGGAAGAGAAACCGUUCUUCAGAUAGCAGCGGAGGAAGAGGAGGAGCCUAAUGUGAGGAGGAGGAGCUUCAUGUGAGGAGACGAAUCAGAGAGAGUGAAGGUGUUCCUCUUUGAGAUUGAUUCUUUUUUUUAUAUCAGAUGUUAUAUUUAUACUCCAGUCUGUAACAGGAUUUAAUUUAAAAAAUAAUAAGUCACAGUUUGGUUUAAAACUCUGCAGACAGACUCUACGUGUUUUUAUUUAUUUAUUCAUUUAUGUAUUGAUGCUUUUGGGGGAUCAGUGGGAUGUUUUUUAAAAGAUGUGGAGCAUCUGAAGUUUAUCACUCAGUUCAUACAGCAGUCUGCAGAUUCUUCAGCAUGUGGAGCUUCUUUUUUGAAAAAAUUGGGAUGACACAGUUUUGAAGACGUGCACGUGUUUUUUUUAAAUCUGCAGCUCUGCUCUCAGACAUUUUCAGUUCCACGUCUCGGACUCUGGAGGUCUCUGUUGCUCUUCAUCACACAUGUUGCUGUUUAUAUUUUAUCUUCUGUUUUUGUUCUUCAACAAAAAAAGAGAUCAUGAACUUGAUAUGACAAUUAAACAAUGAUGAGAAAAUAAAUUAAAUCAACAAAC